CGUGCCUGUCUGUGCCGGCUCCGGGAAGGCAGAUCGAUGACGGUUGUGUGUAUGUGUCUGUGUUGUUGGUGAUCGGCUCUGUCGCCACAGGAGCUCCACGGGGCCUCGUUGGUGUUUAAGACUUAAAGCUGAAGAGCAGGACUUCCUGCGUGAAAGGGCGUGCAGCGGCAGACAGUUUGUGCACAGCAAGCUCCCAUGGACAGAGAUGGGGGCACAAAGUGCUGGAGUAACUCAGCGGAAUAAAACUUUGCACUUUGAACUACCACAGAGAAAAAUGAUUCAACCCAUGAAAUCGAAUCCAUUAGAUAACAGAAAAUGAAUUAUGGAAGGAAGCCAAGCAGAGGAGGAGGAGGAAGAUCCAACAAGCCCAGCAGUGGGACAGGAGGAGGAAGCAGGAAAGGCUCGGACAAAACCUGGGAUGACGGGGACGAUUUCAGUUUCAGCCAGAAGACUGUUCGGCCGACCAGAGCUCGAGGGCGGGGUAGAGGUGGAGCGAGAGGCAGGGGCAGAGCUGGAGGUGGAGGUAGAGCUGGAGCUGGAGGUGGAGGUAGAGGGAGAGCCAGAAUUGGAAGCAGAGCCAGUGUUUCCAGUCAAAAACUCCCUGAUGAAGAGUCGAAGGAACAUGGAGAAUUCAACUUAUUCGGUAGUCUGAGUAAAUCACAGAGCAAGUCAAACCAGGAUGGCCAAAGGGGCGGCGUGUCCAAAGCCAAGUUUGAACCCCGUGUACCUCUGCAAACCAUCAACAUGUCCGCUGAAAACCAGCAAGAAGUUAAACGGCUUCUCCAAGAGCUGCAAGUUAAAGAAAAGGAGGCGGCUGCUGAAAAUGAGGAGAGUGAGGAGGAAUACGAGCUGAAUGAAGAACUGGAUGACCUGGAUUACAGACACGACGACCAGUACUGGUCCACGAGAGAAGAGGGUUUGGCAGUGGCUGAACGCAGCUCACCUGUCUAUUUUCCUGUGGAACAGCAGACCACGUUGAAGCAGCCAGAGAUCUCUCCAUUUGCAGUUUGGAAGCUAACUAGGUAUGGUUUCCAUGCGGAUCAUUGCAUUCCAGUGCUCAAAAUGUUUGAUGGGGAUGCAGGAUUAUCUUUGGAAUAUUUGUUACUCCAGUGCUUCAAGGAAAAGUUUGGAGAUGGGAUCAAGGCCUCCCCCAACUCUGGGAACGUGGGCUCGGAAGAGUGCGAGGAGCGCCGGCAAGAGGAAGCCCUCGUUCUCAGUUCCAUCUAUGAAGGCAAAUUCUUCGAAAAGAUACAGAACCGAAUUUGGACGGUUGAGUUGCCCCUCAAUCAUUUGACGCAGAAACUAAAUAAAGUGGGACAGUGUGAGACUGAAGAGUCGGGCGUAAAGGCUGGGAGAGGCAUCUGCCAACAUUACCUCAAGGGCAAGUGCUGCUUUGGGUCGAGGUGCAAAUUCAGGCACGAAACUCCGAGGAGAGAUGAAAGGAAAGACGACAGCCACUUGCGCUGUGAUCCCAGUGCCAUCCUCUACACACUUGAAAUCCGAUUCCCGCCUUCCAAUAAAUACCCGUACCAGGCGCCUCUUGUGGCCUUUGCCACCACCAAUGACAACGUCCCGCAAGCUUGCCGGCUCCACAUCGCCGAGUAUCUCUAUGGGCAGACCUUGGAUGCAACAGAAACAAGUGAACCAGUGGUCCACACUCUGAUCAUGUGCCUGGAGGAUGAAGCAAGAAUGAGUGAGCUGCUCCUGGAAACCUCCCAUAAAUACAGCAACCCUGCCACGCUUCCCUUCAUGCCUCAGCAGACUAACGGUGAACAGGACCUGAAGAUGCCCGCCGAGCACCCGCCCGAGCAGCGGCUUCCAGAGAGGGACAGUUCUGGGCAGGAGGCAGAAGAUGACAAAUUGCAGGAGGCAGAAGCCGAGGCUGUGGUAAUGGAGACGGAGAGUUAUGUACAUCUGAAGAAGAGGCAGCUGAAGAAAUACAGCUGGAGAGCGGAAAAUGUAUUUCGGGAAAACCAAAGACUCUGUAAACAAUUUAAAGCCAAACAGUCUUCCAAACGUUACCUGUUGAUGCUGCAAGAAAGGAGGAAGCUGCCAGCUUUCGACGCGAGAGGCAGUAUCUUGGACACACUGAGUAAGGCCCAGGUGCUGGUCGUGAGUGGCAUGACAGGGUGCGGAAAGACGACUCAGAUUCCUCAGUUUAUCCUGGAUGACUCCCUCAUUGGUCUUCCAGGAGAAGUUGCAAACAUCAUCUGCACUCAACCUCGAAGGAUUUCCGCCAUUUCUGUUGCCGAGCGGGUCGCCAAAGAGCGGAGCGAGAGGCUGGGAGAAAGUGUAGGAUACCAGAUCCGACUAGAAACUGUGAAGUCCUCUUUGACCAGGUUGCUUUAUUGUACCGCUGGAGUGCUGCUCAGGCGUCUGGAGGCUGAUCCAGACCUUUGUGGUGUGUCUCACGUUAUCGUGGAUGAAGUUCACGAAAGAACCGAGGAAAGUGAUUUCUUGCUGUUGGUGCUGAAGGAUCUGAUAAUGACUCGGCGUGAUCUGCGUAUUGUCCUGAUGAGCGCAACCUUGAAUGCCCAGCUCUUCACAGAGUACUUCAAUAUGUGCCCCUGUCUUCACAUCCCAGGGCAUACUUUCCCAGUGGAUCAAUAUUUCUUGGAAGAUGCACUUGCACGGACAAGAUAUGUUUUAGAAGACAGAAGCCCUUAUGCACGAACUACAAAGAUGAACCAUUAUGAUGAGUCAUGGGUGGCUAAAGGUAAAAAUAACUUGAAUUCCACACAAACCUUUGAGGAGCAGCUAAGUUCAUUGCAAAUACAACAACGACCAUCAGUCAAAGACAGCAUCCCAGACCAGCAACUGAAUGUUAAUCAACUGAUGAUUCGUUACAAAGAUAUUAGUAAGUCUGUGCUAAAGACUCUGGCGGGUAUGGACCUGGAUAAAAUCAACUUGGAUUUAAUUGAAGCUCUGCUGGAGUGGAUAGUGGAUGGGAACCAUAAUUAUCCUCCAGGAGCUGUUUUAAUAUUCUUACCUGGCCUGGCCGAUAUCAAGUUGUUGUACGAACAGCUUCAGUCUAACCCCUUCUUCAAUAACAAGCAUGAAAAGAGGUGCCUUAUCUACCCUCUCCACUCCUCACUGUCAAGCGAGGAACAGCAAGCAGUCUUCCUCCGUCCCCCUGAAGGGACCACCAAGAUCAUCAUCUCCACGAACAUUGCUGAAACCUCAGUCACCAUUGAUGACAUUGUUUACGUCAUUGACUCUGGCAAGAUGAAAGAAAAGAGGUAUGACCCCUGCAAAGGGAUGGAAAGCCUGGAGGACACGUGGGUAUCGCGAGCAAACGCCCAGCAGAGGAAGGGUCGUGCCGGGCGUGUGGCAGCCGGGGUCUGCUUCCACCUCUUCACCAGCCACUGCUACCAGCACCACCUUCAGGAGCUCCAGCUGCCCGAGAUCAAGAGGGUGCCUCUGGAGCAGCUCUGCCUCAGGAUCAAGGUUUUGGACAUUUUUGCAGAUCUUGACUUGGAGUCUGUGCUGUCGCGUUUGGUUGAAGUGCCAACAGACGAGAGUCUGAAGGCAGCGAAGAAUCGGCUGCAGGAUCUGGGGGCCCUCACGCCUGAUGAAACCCUCACCCCCCUGGGAUAUCACUUGGCCUUCCUGCCCGUUGACGUCCGCAUUGGGAAACUGAUGCUGUUUGGUGCUAUCUUCAGAUGCCUGGACCCCACCCUGACAAUUGCAGCUAGCUUAGCCUUUAAAAACCCUUUUGUUGCCCCAUGGGACAAGAGAGAAGAAGCGAAUGCAAAGAAGCUAGAAUUUGCUGUGGCUCACAGCGACUAUCUGACCAUCUUCCAGGCCUAUAAGGGAUGGACUUCUGCCCUAAAAUUAAGUGCUCGAGCAGCUUACACCUACUGCAGGCAAAACUUUUUGUCUGGACGAACACUACAGGAGAUCUCUGGGAUGAAGAGACAGUUUGCAGAGUUGCUGUCGGACAUUGGCUUUGUGAAGGAGGGACUGAGGGCCAAAUAUAUCGAGAAGCUGGCUUCACACGGAGGAGAUGGGAUUAUCGAGGCCACUGGACAUGAGGCCAACUCCAAUGCGGGUAACCUGAAGUUAGUUUCAGCAAUUCUGUGUGCUGCCUUGUACCCCAAUGUAGUCCAGGUGACUGCUCCCCAGAGUAAGUACACACAGACCAUGUCGGGAGCGGUGAAGCUGCCGCCCAAACCAGAGGAGCUACACUUCAUCACGAAGAAUGAUGGAAAUGUUCACAUCCACCCUUCCUCCGUCAACUAUCAGGUUCGUCACUUUGAGAGCCCAUACCUGGUGUACCACGAGAAGGUGAAGACCAGCCGUGUGUUCCUGAGGGACUGCAGCAUGGUAUCUGUGUACCCUCUCGUGCUGUUCGGGGGAGGGCAGAUCCACGUGGAGCUCAAGAGAGGGCACUUCAUCCUUUCCCUGGAUGACGGGUGGAUUAGGUUUGCAGCUGCUUCCCAUCAGAUUGCCGAGUUAGUGAAGGAGCUUCGUUGGGAACUGGACCAGCUUCUGGAGGAUAAAAUCAAGGAGCCCACGAUGGAUCUGUGCACUUGCCCACGAGGAUCACUGAUUAUCGACAUGAUCGUGAAACUGGUCACGACUCAGUGAAGGCGCGGCUGGAAAGUGUGUCCCGUCUGGGGCGUCUGCCACCCGUCGCUUUCCCAAACAUUUGCAGCGAGAUCCAAAUCCAUUACCCAGACUCAGCUGACGUUACUGGACCGUGUGGUCUAAGUCCUACAUGGCACGACCCAAGACUCAAACCUGUGCAGCAAGUAAAUUUCUGCUUCGUCUCUCAGUAAAGAAUAUUUUGAUGGAAACCGGACCUAUUGCAAGUGUCAGAAGAAGCCUAUUUAUUGUUCAAUGUCGGAAGCAUGCAAAAUCAUUGAAGUGUUAUCACUUAAAAUGUGUGCACCCAAAGCUAAUACACAGCCAUGAGGUGAGAUGAACCAGUUUCCACGGCGGUGGGAUGUCAUUUGCACCAGAGACACGUUUGAAGUCAAACAACGGCACUGCUAAAAAAUGUCAGAGUGCUGAGCAACUCAGCGGGUCAGGUAACAUCUCUAGAACAUGGACAGAUGACCUUUCGGGUUGGAAUCAGUCUGAAGUGUCCUGACCCGAAACUUUGCUUAUCCAGAGAUGCUGCCUGACCCAAUGAGAUGCUCUUGCACUUUGUGUCUUUUUUUGUAAACCAGCUCCUGCAGUUCCUUGUUUCUAAACAGCACUGUUGAUUUUGGUUACUGCACCUUGAAGUUGCUGUGCCGUGUUUGUCAAAUAAAUUAAACCAUCACACCUUCGCUGUAACUUUGGGUGAAGGACUAUUUUAAAUAGGAGCAAUAGCAAAUAAUUGUCUUUAAAAGACUCUGCUAUUUCACGAGCAACUAACUGUUAAAGGUUUGCUGCACCUUAACAUUGAAACAUAAAAUAAGUACCAAAUAUA